AUGGAAGCAAUGGAGGCCGAAGAAGAUCCUUUUCUGGCUAGUGAUGCCAAGUUGCACGCAGGAAUUUGUAGAGCAUUUCAUCCUUCUGUAUCUAAGCUUUCCGCCAUUUUCCCCUUUAUCGAAGCAUCAAGACCCAGAAGCAAGUCUGGUAUACAGGCCUUGUGUUCACUACAUGUAGCUCUUGAUAAAGCCAAAGGGCUUCUUCAACAUUGUGCAGACUGCAGCAGACUCUACUUGGCCAUCACUUCGGAAACUGUGCUUUUAAAGUUUGAGAAGUCUAGAAGCCAGCUUCAGGAGAGUCUAAGGCGCGCUGGAAGCAUAGUAACAGAAGAUAUCGGCUGUAAGCUUGUGGAGAUUGUUGGUGAGCUGGAGGAAAUUGUUUUUACGUUGGAUAGAUCAGAGAAGGAAGCUGGUGACAAGCUGAUCAAUUUGCUCCAGAGAAACAAUAAAACAAAUGGUUCCAGUGAUAGUGGGGAGCUUGAGGUCUUCCAUAUGUCUGCUCUUAAAUUGGGAAUUACAUCUUCUAGGGCAGCACUCACCGAGAGAAGAGCCCUUAAGAAGCUAAUUGAGAAGGCUCGUUCUGAUGAAGACAAGCGGAAGGAGCUUGUUGUGUCAUACUUGUACAAUCUCAUGAGGAAGUACUCAAAGUUCUUCAGAAGUGAGACUGGUGAUGAUACAGAUUCUCAGGGAUCGUCUCCAUGCUCGCCAACAGUAUUAGGCAUGGAUGAUAUGUAUGGGCCGUACAGCAAUGGUCGGGCAUUCAGUAGACAGCUUUCGAGCAUUCAGUCGUUCAAUUCAAGGUUUGGAUCUUUCAAUUCUAGGCUUGGACCAUUCAAUUGCAGACGUGGUGGUGGUCCAAGGUCUGAGAAUAUGUCAAUCCCUCCUGAAGAGCUUAGGUGCCCUAUUUCGUUACAACUCAUGUAUGAUCCAGUCAUCAUUUCAUCUGGGCAGACUUAUGAGCGUAUUUGCAUUGAGAAAUGGUUCAAUGAUGGUCACAGCACAUGUCCUAAAACACAGCAGCAACUUGCCCACCUGUCAUUGACUCCAAACUACUGUGUUAAGGCCCUGAUUGCCAGCUGGUGUGAGCAGAACGAUUUUCCAGUUCCUGAUGGUCCACCAGGAACUUUUGAUGUAAAUUGGAGGCUUGCUUUCUCUGACACUGAGGCUACAGGUUGUGUGUCUGUUGAAAGUUUUGAUUGUACUAAUGCAAAGAGUGUCAAGCUUGUCCCAAUGGAGACUGUUAGAAAGGAGGAGCCAGCAAACAGUGAAUCGGAGACGCUGGAUGACAGCUCUUGUAAUGAUUUCGAUUUGAACGAGGGCUAUGGGAACUUGCUGCUGUUGCUUCAUGAAAGAAGUAACAUGAACAAGCAGUGCAGGUUGGUGGAGCAGAUAAGAAACAAGGGACUCCUGUUAUCUGCUGGAGUCGCCGAUCUACUUGAACAGAUGAUAUCGAAUCAACUCCUAUCUGGUCCUGCCACAGCACUCUACCUUAAUCUCUCCUGCCUUCCUGAUGCAAAGGCCGUCAUUGGUUCGAGCCAGGCCGUGCCAUUCCUAGUCGACCGUCUGUAUAGCCAUGAUGCCAGCGACACGAAAGGAAGCUCCUGCAAGCAUGACGCCUUGUACACGCUGUACAACCUCUCGAAUCACCAGGCCAGCGUCCCGGCGCUUCUAACCGCAGGCAUUGUGGAUGCUCUCCACUGCCUCGUCACGGACUCUCCAGAGUCGGAGGGGCUUGGUUGGACAGAGAAGGCUCUUGCGGUGCUCAUCAGCCUCGCAGCCACCCAAUCUGGCAGGAAGGAGAUCAUGUCCACCCCCGGUUUGGUCAGCACGCUAGCGACACUGCUGGACACAGGCGAGCCGACGGAGCAGGAGCAGGCGGUGUCGUGCCUCCUGGUGAUGUGCAGCGCCGACGAUAAGUGCAUCGCGCCGGUGCUCCAGGAAGGGGUGGUCCCGUCCCUGGUCUCCAUCUCGGCGGCCGGGACGGGGAGGGGCAGGGAGAAGGCCCAGAAGCUCCUGAAGUUGUUCAGGGAGCAGAGGCAGCGGGAUGCGCCGCCGCCCCAGCAGCCCCAGCAGCAGCAGCAGCAGCUGCUGCAGAGCCAGCUGGCGGAGGGCGGGAACGGCGGCGGCGGCGCUAUCGUGUGCCACCGGGAAUCGAAGCCGCUGUGCAAGUCCAAGUCCAGGAAGCUGGGCAGGACGCUGAGCUCACUGUUUAAGAACAGGGGUUUCUCGCUGUACCAGUGCUAG